AUGGCUGGUGGACCCAAGAAAUGUUGGCCUUUGAUUGGAUUCAGUCUUAUCUGUCUUAAAAUGGUUGCUUCAGCAAAAACAGCUCCUGAAAUACCCACUAUUGAUCAGGCCUAUUCAAAAAUCAGCAACAGUAUCACUGUGGAAUGGGCCACAGUGCCAGGGGCCACCAGUUACCUCCUCAUGGCUGAAGAUGGAGACACUGUCAUUGAAACCAUGGUAGCCAAUUCCCCAGGCACUGUGACAGGCCUGAAGGCUGCGACCUUGUACCAAAUCACUGUCAGAUCCAUCAGUGCCACUGGGAGAAGCCAAGCAUCGCCUCCGAAGCAGGCAAAGACAGUGCUGGCUGCACCGAUUCUAGAAGUAAGCUCUCCAAGUCCAGACUCUAUCCUCGUGCAGUGGGAAGCUGCAUACAUGGCAAUCGGAUUCUCUGUGUCCAUCAUGCAAGCGAAUGGUUUGGGUAGAAUAUGGAAAGAGAAUACCACAAGCACCUCCUUGACGUUUACCAGUUUAGAAGCUGGGACUCUCUACACCAUAAAGGCCUACGCGUGGAAUGCCAAUGGAACACCUGGGGAUGACUCUACCUGCAAUCAGAGAACAAGUCCUCGGGCUCCUGCCAACAUUCAAGUCUCUUUUGACAGUGGGACUCUGAAGGCCUCUGUUUCAUGGGCCCCAGCGGAAGGAGCUUUCAACUAUACCGUGAUGGCUUGGAGCAACUCUUCAGAGCUGAGCUGCCGUACAACUCUCAACACCUGUACCAUCUCCUCGCUCCAGUGUGGGACUGAGUACCUCAUUUCACUUGUAGCAAGUAAUGAUGCUGGGUCUAGCAAAUCCACGUCCGCGGAGGCCCUGAAAACUGUUGCUUGUGCCCCUGGAAGAGUGACCAUCCGAGAAGAUCCUCCAGGCCACCUGUCUGUGGCUUGGUCCGAUGUGGAUCUGGGCGAUUACUACGUGGCCUUUGUGAAGAGUGAUGAUGGCUUGGAAGUCCACUGCAACACAUCCCUCACCCAGUGCAAUUUCUUAUCUGAAUGUGGCUUCACUUACUUUAUCAGUGUUUUUGCCUAUAACAAGGCAGGGCAGAGUCCUCUGGGCGAUGUGUUCAAUUACACCACAGCUCCCUGUUGUCCUACCGACAUCAACCCUGUGUUGGUGUCCAGUGACAGAGUAGAGAUCGUCUGGUCUCCUGUCCGCGGUGCCGAACUUUAUGAAACCAAGGCUGCAGAUGGGUUCACCGUGGCUGAGUGCAAUGACACUGCUCCUGCUUGCACCCUCUCAGCUCUAGAGUGCGACACCAAGUACAACAUCACAGUCUACUCCUUCAGCGAAGUCCGGGGCAGCAAUAUGUCCUGUACUUCCCAAUUUAUAACCACAGCUCCUUGCAGUCCUGAGAUAAAAAGCGUUUCGAAGGAUGCAUUCUCCACAAUUAACGUGCACUGGCGACCCACCAAUGAUGAUGCCACUUACACGGUGACAGCCCAGGGGGAGACAGGGCUGUUUUGGUGCAGCAGCAGGGGAGAGUCCUGCGCCAUGGCGGGCUUGCCCUGUGGCUCGGUGUUCUCCAUCACCGCGGUGGCCGAGACACAGGCCGGCCGGAGCCUGCCCAGCUACAGCGUGCCCCUAGAAACAGCGCCAUGCUGUCCAGCUGGUCUGACAGUAACUCAGGUCACCCAGUCAGUAAUCAAUGUGAGCUGGACUGUUGGGACCGGGGCCCAAACCUAUAUGACAGUUCUGGAGUCGCACACCGGACAGUCGAAGUGUCUCACCCAUCAAAACCAGUGCCUCCUGGGAUGCAUCUCCUGUGGCGUCAAUUACACGGUGGCAUUAAAAGCGAUUAGUGCCACUGGGUUGACUGCAGACUGCACCUACCAAAGUUAUUCCUCCAGUGCCUGCUGCCCUUUGGGAGUGAAAUUAUACAGGCUGGGCCCUAAUGGCAUUCGGAUCUACUGGCAAGCCUCCAGGGGCUCUUUCAAUUACAGCACUGACCUCCAUGGUUCCAAAGGCAUUUUCACGUGUGCCCCAAGCGCUGGCCUCAGUUUUUGUGAUGUCACCGAGAUACCCUGUGGGGAUGUAUAUACCGUGAUGGUCUCACCAGUUGCUGAGACAGGACUGAAGCUUACUUUCUGCCCCCAAAAAAUAUAUUCAGUAACCUGCUCUGGAAGUACACUUGGAAUGGUGAUUUACAGAGGGAAAAGAAAUGCCCAGAAUGACACAGUGAGCCACCGAUAA